ACUAGGUUAGUGUAACUGGGCCCAGUCUCACAGAAGCUAAUUGAUUCGUUUUCUAAAACAGCAGCCACACUAUCGUCACCAUGACGAUUCUUUAAAACUUCAUGUGACAUCCAUUUCUAAACAAACCCAUACCUCCUUUAAUUCAAAAACCUCACUAUAUCGAAAUUCAACCAAUUAAUUUACUCUUGACUUCUUACCUUAGGUAAAAUCUAUUACCUUUUCCCCUUCCACACACCCAACAACAACAACAACAAUAAUAAUCACCCGCCCACAAUGGCAGACGCCCGUGCUCUCCUGCGCGCUCACCGCGCCGAGAACCGCAUCAAGCACCCCUACGCCGCGUACUCGGACGCCGGCAAGCUGCUGUGCAAGCUAUGCCACGAGCCCAUCAAGUCCGACGCUCUGUGGGAAGGUCACAUCCGAGGCCCGAGCCACACGAAGCGGCUCCAGAACCACUCGCAGCCGCAGCUAGUAGAUAGGAGCGACAACGACAACGGGGGCAAACGCAAGCUCGACGACUCGACGUCCGAGGCCGACGACGACGAUGCAGAGGACACGAUACGGACGAAGCGGAGCAGAACAGACAUGGCGGCGUCGAACCACGGCAGCAGCGAGAACCGGCAGACGCCCCCUGAGCUCUCGAGACGGACGUCCAACCCGCCCGGCCACGGCGUCGAGAUCGCGAUACCGUCGCGGCCCGCCACCCCAGCCGCCGGGGGCUCCAACUCCGCCACCUCGACGCCCAAAGCCGCGCAUGUCGGCCGCCGCUCACCGCUCAUGGGCUCCGACACGAACAGCACACCGCCCACCAGCGCCACGCUACCCUCAUCCGCCGCAGCGACAAGCCUCCCCAUAUCCACCUCUACCACCAACACACAGACAGCAGCAGCAGCCGUAGACGAAGCAGAAUGGGCCGCCUUCGAAGCCGAAGUCGUCGCCACCCCCGUGACCCCCACCAACACCAGCACCAACACCAACCCCUACACCUCCGACGCCAUCAUCUCCGCCCCCGCCCUCUCCACCGCCCAGCUCGCCGCCAAGUCGCGAGAAGAAGAAAACGAGCGCCGCAAGCACCUGCUGCUCGACGGCGAGAUAGCCGACGAGCGCGAGGACGCCACCCGCGCUCUGGAGGCCGAGUUCGAGGAGAUGGAGGAGCUCGAGAGCCGCGUGCGGCGGUUAAAGGAGCGAAGGGAGGCGCUGAGGAAGGGGGGGAAGGGGAGGAAGGGGCGCAGAGGAAGUGCUGUGGUGGGUGGUGAUGAGGGUGUUAACGGCAACGGCAAUAACGAUAAUGGCGACAAUAACAUCAACAACACGAGAACAUCCAGCAACGCAUCCGCCUCCUCUGACAUCGUGAUGGCUAAGGGCUCACCGUUGGGCGCAGACGCAGACGCGGACGCAGAUACGGACAAGAAGAGUGGCGUGGACAACAGCAACAGCAACAACAACGACAACAACUCCGCCGAUAACGACUCCGAUGAUGACGAGGAUGAGGAUGAUUGGGAUGCCUUCCGGUUCCGGUGAAGACAAAAGGCGUACAGAAAGAAAGAAGUAACGAACAACGACAAUGGACCAGAACGCGUACACAUAUAUAGUAGAGAAAGUAACCCAGGAGACCAGGAGAGAGAAGGAAAUUUCCUCUCGGAAGCAGGCGGGCAGGCAGGCAGGGAUGAGAAGAAGUAGGAGUAGAGAAGAGAAGACAAGUCUGAUGGCAACAUACACCCACCCACCCACACCAUAAUAUCAUCAGACUCGUCUUGCACAGGGCAGCCCUGAACUAAACUAGACCCGACGAAACAGAAAUCGGAAUUCUUAAUAUCUGCAUAGGGGGCGGCGUUCUUCAGUCUUGCUUUGCUGCCCACAAACAAAAUUCUAUAGGGGGUUACAUAGGUGGUUAGCUGGUUAAACAAAAGGGGGAAG